CCUGAGCCACACCCAGGAGUGAGGGCAAAAGGCUUGAGCUGGGUCUGAGCAGCCAGAUGGGCCUCUACCUCCAGUGGCCACUGUUCCUCAGUCUCCAUCAACACUAUGAGUGGCCGAGUCGGAGACCUGAGCCCCAAGCAGGCAGAGACCCUGGCCAAGUUCCGGGAAAAUGUCCAGGAUGUGCUGCCUGCCCUGCCGAACCCUGAUGAUUAUUUUCUUCUUCGUUGGCUCCGAGCUCGGAAUUUUGACCUACAGAAAUCGGAGGCCAUGCUCAGAAAGUACAUGGAGUUCCGGAAGACCAUGGACAUUGAUCACAUCCUUGAUUGGCAGCCCCCAGAGGUGAUCCAGAAGUACAUGCCUGGAGGCCUGUGUGGCUAUGACCGUGAUGGCUGCCCCGUGUGGUAUGACAUCAUCGGACCACUGGACCCCAAAGGGCUGCUUUUCUCAGUCACCAAGCAGGACCUGCUGAAGACUAAGAUGAGGGACUGUGAGCGCAUCCUGCAUGAGUGCGACCUGCAGACGGAGCGGCUGGGGAGAAAGAUUGAAACCAUUGUGAUGAUAUUUGACUGUGAGGGCCUAGGACUGAAGCACUUCUGGAAACCUCUGGUGGAAGUGUACCAGGAGUUCUUUGGCCUCCUUGAGGAGAAUUACCCAGAGACCCUGAAGUUCAUGCUCAUUGUGAAAGCCACCAAAUUGUUCCCUGUGGGCUACAACCUCAUGAAGCCAUUCCUGAGUGAGGACACUCGAAGGAAGAUUGUGGUGCUGGGGAAAAGCUGGAAGGAGGGUUUGCUGAAACUCAUCAGUCCUGAGGAACUGCCUGCCCAUUUUGGGGGGACUCUGACUGACCCAGAUGGGAACCCCAAAUGUUUAACCAAGAUCAACUAUGGUGGAGAGAUCCCCAAGUCCAUGUAUGUGCGGGACCAGGUGAAGACUCAGUAUGAGCACUCAGUGCAGAUUAGCCGUGGCUCCUCACACCAGGUGGAAUAUGAGAUCCUGUUUCCAGGCUGUGUCCUCAGGUGGCAGUUCUCAUCUGACGGUGCAGACAUUGGCUUUGGAGUUUUCCUCAAGACCAAGAUGGGGGAGAGGCAGAAAGCAGGGGACAUGACCGAGGUGGUAGCCAGCCAGCGCUACAACGCCCACAUGGUCCCUGAGGAUGGGAGCCUCACCUGCUCAGAGGCUGGCGUCUAUGUCCUGCGCUUUGACAACACCUAUAGCUUCGUCCAUGCCAAGAAGGUCAGCUUCACGGUUGAGGUGCUUCUCCCAGACGAGGGCAUGCAGAAAUAUGACGAGGAGCUCACCCCUGUCUAGGUGGAUCCCCCACUUCUCAGAGACCCCCAACCCUGUUUCCUCUCCACUCUCCUUUUAUUCCGAAAAUUGAUCAUUAGCCCCGCCUACUCUGUGACACCAGUGAGCAGAGAAAGAGAUUGCCCAGAGAAGAUUUAGCUGCUGUAAUCAAAAUUCAAAAGUAUGAAAGCUUGGAGGGUAGAAUGUUUGCAAAAGAGAAAGAAGCAAGAGGGAAGACAAGAUGAUGGGUGUCAAGAAUGGGGAAAGAACUGGACCUCAUCAAUAGAGGUUUGCACUUGAGACCCUCCCUGUGAGCUGUGAGCAGCUUGAGCUGGAGAUUAUCAAAGUCCUUUCUGUUUCCACUCACUCUAUAGUAGAAGCUCAGUGUAUUGCUGUAGAGUACCAGAAGGCAAGGACCACAUGGCUCACAGCAGUGAGACAGACCAGACAGCAGAUUUCAGCACCCCGGACAGAGCCGCACUUGGCCGAGGCCCAGGCCUUCCCAACAGUGCUUUCCUGGUGGGAGUCUCAGACACAAAAGCUCCCGGCCUCUCUGGUAGGAGGUGCCCACUCUGACUUUGCCUGACCCAGGGGCAAGGGUCCCAGUCAUUAUUCCCAUAACCACCUCCUUCCUUCUGAGCUCAUAGCUCAUACCUUAAGCAAUUAAAAGACUUUUCUCCAAAGCAAAGGAAGUCAUACCCUACUCUUGCUGCUGCUGGGCAAAACAACAAUAACAGCCCUAACAAUAACUGCUGCUUUUUAGUGAGGAUUGUCACUGUUCAAAACGCUUUACAGGUUAGGCACAUGGCAUCUUCACGUCACCCCAAUAUACCUUACCAGAGACACUUUCUGGAUGGAGAAACGGAGCUCGGAGAGGCUGGAGUUGCUACUCAAUGUCAUACGGUCUCAGACGGCAGAUCUAGGACCUGAAGCUUUUGUUCUUUACUUAGUCAGGAGGCAUUGUUCCAUGAUUGCUCAUGAUGCCCCUUCCUAAGACCCUGCUCUGGCAAGGAGAUAAGGAAUGUUUUGAUGUCCUGCCUCUUUCGGUAGAGUGAGCUGGAUAUCCCCACUCCUCUAGUGGGGAUACCCCUUUUAUAGAUGGAAAAGCUAAUCCCCCGAGUUGGGCAGUCCAGGUGAUGGAGAGCCACAGUGCUUACGGAGAUUGUUUAAGCAGCCUCACGGAGGGCUGGAAAGGGCCUGUACUCCCAUGCCCAGUCCUCUGCUCACACAGAUGUAAGGGGUGACCACAUGAUGGUCACCACACCCCCUGGGGAACUGGACAAGAUCAGGGUUCCAGCUUCUUUCUCACAGACCCUGGCUUGAGCCCUGGCCCCUGACACAACUCUUGCCAAGAGAUGAUGAAUACUCCAGAGACUGAGGAUGGGCAGAACUCCUGGGCUCUGCUGGUGCCAUGAAAUGCACCAUGGGAAGGAGCUGAGAACUGAGUGUGAAGUCUGACUGCCGUUCACCAUGCUAACAUUAUUCUGUGGAGAGCAGAGUCAUGAACACACUUCAGGGCACAGAUUUGUUUGUUUGUUUGAGACAGGCUUUGUCUGUGUAGCCCUGGCUGUCCUGGACUUACUUUGUAGACCAGGCUGGCCUCGAACUCAGAGAUCUACCUGUCUCUACCUCCUGAGUGCUGGGAUUAAAGGUGUGUGCCACCACCAACUGGCUAAGGGCACACUCUUAUGCCCAUAAGGACUGUCUUAGGAUUUCUAUUGCUAUGAUGAAACACCAUGGCCAAAAGCAGCUUGGGAAGGGAAGUGUUUAUUUCCCUCUCAGUUCCUCGGCUGCAGAGGCUGGGGGGUAGGAGGGUGCUGCUUGACUGGCUUGCUCCUCAUGGCUGGCUGAACCUGCUUACUUACAGAGCCCAGGACCACCAGCCCAGGGAUGACCCCGCUCUCAAUGGACUGGGCCCUCCCCCACUGAUCACUAAUUAAGAAAA